AUGGCAUGUCCUGUUGGGCCGUAUGACCAGUACUGUUUCGAAAGACGUAAAUGUGUCCACUUUUCAUUUUGCUCAAGAUAUGAUAAACAAUCUGAGCCCCCCAAAGACCGCUGCUUUCGAGGCUGUUCAGAUUGGCGAAAAAGGCAACCACGCACUGUGCCCUUAAAGACAACCCUUGUAGCCACCGGAUACCCUCCGGAGAAUUGGAUAGUCAAACGAUGUCGCAGAACAGAUAUUAAAUGGCCUGGAACGUCAAAACCAGUAAAAGGUGAAGGUGAUGAGGAUGAAGAAGACGGGGAGGAAUGCGAGGAAAUGAUGGAGGACCCGUGUGAGGCGGGGAUGGAUUUUGAAGGGGAGAGAGGGACCAAUAAUGCAUCAGCAGUAUCCCCCAAUCGGAAUAUGGAGAGUCCAAGUUUUAGUGAAUUGCACAUGGCAGGGGAUGGAACAUGUGCGAAAGACGGAUAUUUAGAGGAGAAUGUGCUUAAACUUCCACCUCAAGAAAACAACCUGCUUCGAAUGCACAGCAAUAGUUCUUUAAAUGAGAAGACGGAUCUACAAUUUAAGGUUGAAAAUUAUGACAAUGUGGGGAAGAACAGAGAGGUGGAAAUACAAGUGGACAUUCGGGAACGACAACUGCAUUCCCCAGAAAAAAAACUAGAGCCAUCGGUUAAACAGCCUCCGAUUCUACGGCAGAAGCAAAGUGCGCUGAAGCGAAUUUUUAACAACAUUUCAAGCAUAAUUAAGACAGGCAGUUGGUCAAAUCACGAAAGCACCCUGGUACCUUUGCAAAAUUCUUGA